AUUUCACUCAUUAGUGUAAUUGAACGUGUACAUUCGAUAAUUUCGUUCGUCUCAUAGGAAAUUUUCGAUUCAUUGGAUAACCAUCGACAUGAGGUGGCAAUUUUCGGUUUGUUUGUCAAUCGUUUGUUUGGGGUUUAUUCGAGCUAAAUCCAUUCCAGGCUUUCCAGAAGACCAAUGGGGACGAUUCAAACUCGAAUUCAACAAAAAUUAUAGAUCUGAGAAUGAAGAAAACCUACGGCAGGGAAUUUUCAUGAAUAACAUUCAACGAAUCAAUCAACAUAAUGAACGAUUUGCCAACGGAGAAGUUUCAUUUACAAAGGAAAUCGAUCAGUAUACCGAUAUGGGCGAAAAUGAAGUUCCAAAUAGUUUGUACUCGCCGACGAAUAAUGAGUCCAUGUACAUAGAAUUACCAAAAGAAAAGGACUGGAGAAAAGAGAACGCGGUGACCAAAGUGAGAGAUCAGGGAGGUUGUGAAAAAGGAGAUUGGGCUUUUGCCGCUAUCGGAGCUGUGGAGGGAUUACUGUCCAUAAGAGAUAAAAAACUCAGUCCAGAACUUAGCGUGCAAGAACUCAUUGAUUGCUCCGGGGCAAUGGGAAAUUACGGUUGCGGAGGCGGAGUUGUCACAAAAGCAUUCGAUUACAUUAAUGAUGAAGGAAUUUCGAAAGAAACAUCAUAUCCAUUUAUUGAAAAGAAUUCGGAGAAGUGUUCCAACGAACACCAAGACAAAAUUGCAAAAGGCUUGGAUAUACAACUUGAUUUUGCUACAAAUAAUGAAUCACAAAUGAAAAGUUACCUCUUUCACAAUGGACCCCUACUAGCCGUCAUUAACACUUCUCUAGCUUCUUUCGAGAACUAUACUGGUGAUGAUGGAAUUUAUAAGGAUGAAGAGUGCGGUAAAUCCGGCGGAGAACACAAUGUUUUGAUCGUUGGUUAUAACGAGGAGAAAGGAGAAAAGUACUGGAUUGUGAAAAAUUCAUGGGGCGAAGGCUGGGGUGACAAAGGAUAUAUUAAAAUCGCACGUGACAAAAAUAUUUGUGGGAUAGCUAACAAUGCAAAUUUUCUAUCAUACGGCAAUAAUAAGUCAAAAUAUUCUUAAUUGUAGGUAUUCGUAUUAUUACUGUGUUUUAUGUUUGAAUGCUAUUCAUGGUUGAUGUAGUUGUACCUAUACCUACCACAUUGUGUAGUUCUGGAUAAUUUUACAAAAUAAAGUCUGUUAUCUUGGAUUGAA